AUGGAUCAAGAAAAAAGAAUGCCUGAGAUUAGAAGCCAUUCAGAACCCAGUACGUCCAACGUGGGAAAGCCUGAGGUGCUGCUGAACGCACCAUUCCCUAGGCGUCUGAUGAAGAAGAAUGAUGAACAAAAAUUCAAGUGCUUUCUUGAGCCCCUAAGGCAAUUGUAUAUCAACAUUCCACUUAUAGAAGCCCUGGAGCAGAUACCAAAAUAUGUAAAAAAAUUUAAGGACAUUUUGACGAAGAAAAGAAGAGUUAGCGAAACGAAAGUAAUCGCAUUAACGCAGGAAUGCAACGCAUUAGUAAGCAAUGGUCUAUCAAAGAAACAGAAGGACCCUGGGAGUUUCACAGUUCCUUGCUCGAUAGGAGGAUUGGAUGUGGGUCAUGCGUUGUGUGAUUUGGGAGCUAGCAUUAAUCUAAUGCCUCUCUCAAUCUUUAAGAAAUUGGGAAUUGGUGAAACACAACCCACUUCUGUUACUCUUCAGCUCGCUAACAGAACAAUCAAGUACCCAGAAGGAAGGAUUGAAGACGUUCUGGUAAAGGUUGACAACUUCAUAUUCCCAGCAGACUUUAUUAUCUUGGAUUAUGAAGUAGAUAGGGAGGUACCAAUUAUCCUUGGACGCCCCUUCUUAGCUACUGGGAAAGUUUUAAUUGACGUGCAUAAAGGCGAAUUGACUAUGCGCGAUAAUCAAGAGGUGAAGUUUAAUGUAUUAAACGCAUUAAAGUUCCCAGAUAGUGAAGAUUGUCAACUGAAAAGUAUUGAGCUUCCUGAAGAAGAGACCCAUGUAUACAAGGUCCUCGCGUUAGAGGAGAAUCUGAAAGAACAAGAGCCGCCAAGUCUGAGUGAGCGGCGGAUAAAACCAACACGUCCAUCACUUGAGGAACCACCAGAACUCGAGUUGAAACCGUUACCUAGUCACCUGAAAUAUGCCUUUUUUUUUUUCAGGGAAGUUAAAAUCCAGGUGGUCAGGUCCAUCAUUAAAACAGUCUUUCCAUAUAAAGCAGUGGAAGUAACACGGGAAGAUGGCACCAACGCAUUCAAAGUAAAUGGCCAAAUAGUGAAGCCAUACUUUGAAGAUGAAUUGGAACGUCAAAAGUCGUCCCUCACACUACGCGAAGCCAGCUAA